AUGAACAAAGGAUUGACCGCAGCUACAUGCGUCUCCUAUCAGCGACCAGCAUUCAUAUGGAUUUCCGACGGGCUCUUAGCCGACACUUUUGCUCGGUUUUGUCACCAGAAACGACAUGGCAGCAACGUUCCAGGCCCAUUGGAAGCUCAGCGACGAACCUCGAGGCGCAAAAACGCCAGUCUGGCCUACGUCGCUCAUAGUGCACCACAAGUUGACCCAGCCCUGAUUUUUACGCGCAGUCAGAACAUAGAUUGGUGGCACACUCCCACCAAGUGCGAGAAGCCAGGCGCACCUGUUCCUCACCUACAAGCUUGGCUCCUGCAAACCACUGGAUCAACAGAAGGCCUUUCGGAGCCCUUGAACGACGGCCCACCAAUACCACGGUUGCGACGCGAUGACCAGGACGAGCUCUCUCAAUGUCGCAGUCUGGCCGAAGUACAUGAAUGGCUGGCAAGACAGGAUACUAUGCUGCUUGAGAACGUGGAACUUGGCCAGUCCAUUUGGAGGCAUAUCCUGCAGACUCCCUUCUCUGGAGAGGAAAUUGCGGAAUAUAUCAGCGAUCCAAGUUUUCACCCUACAGGGACUUCCUACAUCGUUCAACUUCUGCCCACCUUACUCUCACAUACCUGGAGUGUAGGCGAUUGGAGACUUGUGCGAGACUCGACCGCGAGGGCUGCAGAGCUAGGUCUCGUCAAUCUUGAGGACUUGAGGACGAUUCUCGAUACUUUAUGCACUUCAGGCACAAUCGCGUUACGAAGCACAGAAGGAGAUCUCGUAGAAACUCGCAGAGAAAAACUUUAUUUGAUCUACGACAUCCUACGGUCUCUAAGAGGAUCAAAGAUUCUGCAGCUGUCCGAGCUUGGUUCGUCCUUCUUAUCAGAACUGUUUUCCAAACUGGGGAAGCUUGAUACUUCUGGACUGAGAAGAGCACUUACACCGAUCUUGUGGGAUCUUGUACCGUGGGGUCGGGCGAGCGAUGCAGCCGUAUUCAGUCAAAUCGUGGUUCGAUAUCUGAGGGAUGCCGGUCGGAACGCUCACAAGCAGGCUUCAGAUAGCUCAGCAGCAAUCUUGUUGAAGGAAGCACCUCUUCCUUUCCUGCGAAUGUUGUUCUUACAUACGACUGAGAACCUGAUCAAAUUGGCUCGGGAUAAGCCGACGAAUGCUUACAAACAUCUAUUCCGCCGUUGGAUCGAUCUCUUGGCCGACCUAGGAUUCUCCGGGGAGAAUGCACAACCCACAAGAAAUGAGUGGGCUAUCUACCAAAGGCACAAUAUUGACUUUACUCGGGAUCAGCGUAAGCUGAUCUUUGCUUGGACGGCUUUGCAUUUGACACAGCACAGCCGAAACUCACCACACCUACAAGUCCAACUGCGAGGUCAUCAUUUGUUUGGAAGAACGAUGAACUCGGUGUUUUUCGAUCAAGGCUUCAGUAAGGUGCAAUUCUAUGGAGAAGCUCAAUCAACACUCAAAAGCCUAGCUCUUCCAAACAAGUCAGUUCUUCUCGAUGAGCUUGAACUACUUACAUCGGUGUUAGGAGCUCCUGAAAGCUCGAAUUCCUCUGAAUGUCAAGUUGGGGAGUCUUUACCAUACGACUUGGCUCUAGUCCUCGAAGACCGAGUCUACAAGCACAAACGCCGACGUCUCCAUUUCAAUGGCGCUCUCGAAGAGCUGGGGGAAUGCCUCAAUCACGAUUUGGCCGGCUUUUGCUCCAUGUCCCGUCGCCUGAUCCACAAGAACGACGCUUCAUUUGAUAUCAUUACAAGGCUACUGGAAUGCAACGGUCCUCUCAAGGCAGCUUUGUCGAGAAGCUUCCGCCAGGAUCAAGCGGGAGAACGAGGCUCACGAAACAGCAACGCUUUUCUUCCAGUGCCGGAGUCCGGAUGCACCCAAACCAUGCUUGUGCCGUCUCAGGCUCUGGCCUUGGUCAAUCAUCUCGCCAUCUCCUUUGCGACAGCCCCUGUUGCUAGGCCUCGACGAGCAUUGAGACGAGUCUAUUGGUGUUACCGGUUCCUUCACCGCUAUGGCGCUCCAAUACAGGCCGAUGUUACGAAAGCUUUGUGGCAUGCCGGCGUGGCGCGGAUAGGUGAGUUUGGGUAUGGAGAUUUUGGUACGGCCAAAUCCCUGUUAAAGUGGAUCAUAUGGCAAGUCAGGCUUGUGGAAGGUGACGACGUAGCAGCCCAAUUACUUUGGAGUCGCAGCUAUCGUUCAGAGCGACGAGCUGAAGUAACGGCGCUCGCUGAGCCUACCGGUCAAGCCCAAGCGAAUAGUGGUAUGACUAGUGACGUGAGGCGGGCGCUAAACGAGGUCGACCGCCCGCAUUUAAGCGCGUCGAGAUUCGAUGCAGGAUGCAUUCGCGGUCUUCCUAGCGCCAACGCGGAACACAGCCCCGUGCACCAGCAACCAAGACAAGAGUCGGGCACCAGAGCAGACACAUGCACAGGUUUGGAGGGUAAAGUUCAGCUGCAGCUGACCGGCGGUGGCGAUGCGCUCGAAAAGAUCAGCGGGGUUGAACUAGCCAGUCAUGCAAAUGUGAUGGAAGUCGACGCUUCUACGACCGCCAUCACCACCAACCCGGUCACCGAGAGGAGAAUGCGUGACUUGAUGGUCCUGCGGAAAAUACGACAUGUCAAGAUGACUGACAUGGUAGCUAAACCUUUUUGGUACACCAAGCAAGAGCGCCGGAUGGAUUGGGAGAGAAGGGCAACGGCCGCGCAAAUGCAAAAGGUCAUUUAG